CAUAUAUUUUAUUUUUAAAUAUUUGUAUCACCAUCUAUGUUUAUUGUAUAUUAAAAAAAAAAAAAAUUAAAAAAAAUGAAAUUUUAUAACAUUACUUUUGUAACAUUACUCUUCCUCUUAUUAAAUGCAAAUAUAUUUGCAUUAUCACAAAAUGUUUGUGAAUCAUGUGGUUCCCUCGGCCAAGUAUGUGGCUCCGAUGUAACCUGUGGUGAUAAUUUAGUUUGUGCUAAAAACGGUACUGCUUUAGCCGAGUCUCAAACUGCUUACACUUGUCAAAAACCAGUUGGUAAUGAUGGAUCAUGUUUUUCUGAUGAUAAUUGCAAAGUUGGUUUAAUUUGUCAAAAUGGUAAAUGUGCCAAUUUAAGAUUUGCUCAACUUGGCGAUAAAUGUAAAAGCAAUGAAGAAUGUUCAGGUGAUGAAUCAUAUUGCCACAAUGGUGUUUGUGAUAGAGCCAGAAAUGUUUUAAAUUGCAAAUACGAUUACGAUUGUGACUAUGGAAGUUUAUGCGAAAGCGGAAGUUGCAGAAAGGUUGGUCUUUUCAACGAAAAUUGUGAUUCAAGCUCCAGUAGCCCAACCUGUGUAUUUGGUUUAAUUUGUGUCCAAGAUAAAUGCAGAAAUGCAUUCACCCAAGAUAAAGACCAAUCAUGUUCAGAUGAUACCUAUUGUAAAUCUGGCUUAUAUUGCGACGGAGGUCAAUGUAAAACUUACACCCAACCAAGUGCAGGCAAUUGUACAAAAGAUUCAAACUGUGACAAAUACCACGUUUGCAGUUGCGAAGAUGGUUUAUGUUAUCAAAGUGCCCCAUUACCAACCCAAACUUCAGAAUUCACCCAAAAAUAUAUGAAAUGUGCAGUCGAUAACAAAUGCCACUCUUACGUUAGAAAUAUGAUGUCAUCUGGUAGUUGUCUCUCAAAGAACUGUAACUCACUUCUUUGUGACUACAAAAUGGCCACUAUCUAUGAUGGUGCCCAAAAGUGCGGUAACUCAAUCGAAAGAGAAGAUAUCUGUUCACCAAAUUCCUCACCAAAAUUAACUUUUUCAAUUUUAUCAUUUAUUUUAUUAAUUGUAUAUAUUUUAAUAUAAACCACCAUCCAUAUUAUUUAUUUAAAUUUUGUAUAUAUUUCUCUUUAUAAAUCAUAUCAUAUCAUAUAAAAAACAACCAAAUCAUUUAAAAUUAAAACAAAAUAAAACCAUAUAUAUUUUAUUUUUUCAU